CCAAACUCUAACUUGCCUCCGGGCAAUGGGAAUAAACUUACAACACUGCAGCCGGGGCUUUGCCCCCUUCUGGCUGUCGCUGAGGAGCUGUGUGCACUGUGCAGUAGCGCGCUCCGGGUCACUGUGUGUGUGGAUGGGAGUGCUGCUGCUCUAUCUGAUUCUGCAGGACACGGAGUGGGUGGACUCGGGGCAGGCAGCAUGAAUGCCAGGCUCAGGGAGAAUUGGAAGAAGUCUCUACUGCUGCAUUCGCACCAUCUGGUGUUAGUGGAAUAGCUGAGGGUGCUGGCGCCCUGGGGGUGCACUCACCAGCUACCUAGCGCAGCGUGAGAGGUCACGCUGCACCGUCAGCUGCUGCAGGGAGCCGCCAGCAGAGAUCAGAAGUUGUUCCCCACCCGGCCGCUACCAGUAUAUGGAACCUACACACCCCUUUAAAGUCGGAGACAGAGUCGUGGUGAAGGUGCUCCCCAGGAACAAGAGCCCAGGAGACUUCACCUAUGGUCCAGAGACAGAGGUCGUAGCAGUUACCCGAACAGCAGUCCUGACAGAGGAAAGUCCUACCUGGAUCCAUGCAUCCCGAGUAAAAAAGGUUCCUAGACCAGACCUAGAGAGGGAAGCAAGUGAUUCCAGUGAGGUACGAACCGGGGCAGACAGCCCUGACCUCCCACCUAGCGAAGACAGAAGAACAGAAAACGAUGAAGAACCUGCCCCCUAUCUCUAUCCUGGGGACUAUCUCGAUAGCCCUACUGGCCCUCAUUCACCUCACAAUAUGUGAAGUCGACAUCACACAAACAGAUGGGGUCCCCACCUUGUGGUACAAUUCCUCCAAUACACACGUAGCCACAUACAUCCUUGAUUAUUUCAUGUUCCCUAAACUUGCUGACAACAAACAUUCCAUACAGCAGAAAAUAAAAUCAGGGAUGUCUGAGACAAUGUACAUUUGUGUCACUGAUGAAUGGUGGAUGGAAAUAUCCUAUCAUGGAUCCAACUGUGAUUACUGGGAAUCUGUGGGGUGGAAUACAGGAGCAGAUUGGAAAUAUGGCCCAUCAUUUGCAAAAAAUAGAUGGAGCAAAUAUGGAGUACCCCUACUUUCUAGACUAUCCAUUCAUAAGAUGGAUGAGGGCCCAAAUUCAUACAGGUUUAGACUAAACAUAGUGAACCCUAGCAGAAGCGACAAUGAGACUUAUGUACUUGGUAUAUGGUGGCAAGCAGGGUACUAUAGUGCAAGGCAAAUGUUUUAUUUGUGGGACAUGUACAAAAACCCAAAAUACCAGCCUAAAAUUGCUCCCCAAAACAAACCUUUAAAGCCCCAUAUUGCCACUUCUAAAGAUAUGGUGGCUAUUACUAACCCUACCUUUGAAGACACCCUAGCUAUUGAAACUGGUUUCUCUGACAUUAAUUUUUGGUUGGAAUGGAUGAAGUAUAGUGCUAACAAACACAAUAAAAGCAACUGUUAUGUCUGUGGCAAAUCUAGGCCCCACCUAGGUACAGUGCCCCUUAAUAUACCCCUAGAACAGGAAAAUUGUUUUUUCAGCCUUUUUAAUGACACCAAAACAAAUGACAGUCAGUGCGAAAUGUGGAAAAGGGAAUAUCCCAUAUUGUCAAAAAAUCCCAACCCAGGAAGCACCAUAACCAUAUAUCCUGGAAACUAUACCUGUUAUACAUCUAACACCACCACAGGGAGAAAUUUAAAAACCUUCCCACCAGGGUAUUGUGCAAAUAAAAGAACAACUGUUUUAGUCAACCAAACUAGAUCAUUAGGCGACAUUUAUUACAUAUGUGGGGAUAUGAAGCUUAGAAUUAAAUUAGACACACCAUGGUAUGGUGAGUGUGCCCUGGCCAAAGUCAUAAUGCCACUCCUAAUGAUCACCGAUGACCCCACUCCUCCCUCUAAUACUCCUGCUAAUCGAAAGAAAAGAGCACUCCCAGGAGGUAGCUUUGACCCCCACGUAUACAUUGAUGCUAUAGGGGUCCCAAGAGGUGUUCCAAAUGAGUUCAAAGCUAGAGAUGAGGUGGCUGCGGGUUUUGAGUCAUUGUUUCCUAUAGUAACUGUAAAUAAAAACGUGGCCUGGAUUAAUUAUAUAUAUUAUAAUCAACAAAGAUUUGUUAAUGAUACCAAAGAUGCUCUUAAAGGUAUAGCUGAACAGCUAGAAGCCACUUCCCAAAUGACAUUUCAAAAUAGAAUGGCCCUUGACAUGAUCCUAGCAGAAAAAGGCGGUACAUGUGUUUACAUUAGUAAGGUGAAAGGCUGUUGUACAUAUAUUCCUGACAACACUGGUCCCAAUGGUAAGAUUACUUUAGCCAUAAACAAGUUAGAAACCUUAUCCAUAGAACUUAAGAAAAAUUCAGGUAUUGAUAACCCAUGGAGCCAAUAUUUUGGGUGGUUUGAAAAUUGGAAACAGGCUCUUGUGCAAAUAAGCAUAUUCAUACUUGUAACUUUAAUUCUUGUAGGCAUUAUAGUUUAUUGUGUAAUUCCCUGUGGAAAGAAACUUACCUCCAAAGGCAUUGAUAAGGCCCUGAUGUACUAUGAUAUAACCACCAGUCCUGUCACCUCCUCUGAUAGUAAGGGACCCGACGAUUAUGUCCAAUAUCUCAAGAACUGGAGGAACAAGAAAGGAGCCUCACUCAAGAAUCAUGUUAUAUAACAAUCAUGAUUCUAAGAGGGGAUUGAAGGGUUAACUCUUCUGUGCUUUGUAAAUAUUACUUUUUAUAUGAUCAAUUUCCUUAUAAUAGUUACAGUGUUAAAGUGAAUAUUUCUACUUCCCUAAUGAAGGGUUAAAACAUGCUAUAUGAACUGUUAUGUGUUUGCAUAGAUGCGUGCUACCCUGUGCUGGGUACCUUUGUCUCCUCAUACAGAUACCAGGCUUGUAUGAGGCUGGUUUUCAAGGGCAGUCCCAUACCAGAUCAAACCUGUAUUUCUACUUUUGUGUGUUACCAAAUAUCCUGUGUUACAGACUUUGUUAAAUGUUUUGAGAAACUUGUAGAAAACCCAUAUAUGGACAUCCGCCUUAUCAAUUCUGCCUGGUAACUACUAACGAGCCAAUGAGAGUGUAACAACAUGUCAGUUACACCCAUAUGCAUUGUCUUUUAUACUGUUGUUAACCUCAUAAUAAAGCAGAGUGAAUCUUAA